CUCAGCAACGAAAACAGAGCAGACGAAAAUUUCCCACGUGUUGCAUGCUCCAUUCAACUGAUUCAACACGCAUGUUCACGCUCGCAUUCGCGAUGUCUAAUGGUUCGAGACGUGAGCAAUACUUUCUCUAUAACACUUUGUCGAUCCUGCUAAAGGCCGUAGAGAAGACUCGAACGACCGUAGACCUGCGGAAUGAGGCGACAAUCGUCGGCAUUAUCGAAAAUACUGACGCUUAUAUGAACAUUGUGAUGAAAGACUGCGUGUUUACGGAUCCCCGCGGAGACUCGUUCAAAUAUGACAUGUUCUUCGUGCAGGCACGGAACAUCCGCAGCGUCCACGUGCCAAUGAACAUACGGAUUAUCCCAGCUAUCAAGCAACAAUUAAAUCGACUAAACCGACCUGCUUGGAAAGAUAAGAAACGCACUUUCAAAACAAAAUAUGCUCAGCAGCGACAACAGGAAGGCCUUGCAGCUGUAGAAAAAAUUUUAGAGGAUAGGAAUACAACAAAAGAUGAAACCACAAAAAGUGAAGAUAAAUGAGACUUGUAAAGAUUCUAAUUUUAUUGUGUAUUGCCUAAGUAUAUGAUCAUUUUUAUUUUGGUUGAAUGUUUGUACUUUGAACUUUAAACUUGACAGCUCAGUUUUGCAAUAUUUCAU